GAAAAAUGUUAGAUAUUAUUAUAAAAAUCUGGACUUUGGUUUUAAAUACGUCCUUCCAUAUAUUGGAAAGAGCAGAAACUAUUAAGGAAGCAGAUGAUGUUCAUCACACCAACUUUAAAAGUCUUCCUUUAGAGGACAAAUGCAGAUGGAGUAGGGACCAACAAAGCUGCAAGGCAGGAUGUGAAGAUGGAGAGCUGAUGGAAGAGGAGGGAGAGAUGGAUGACAACUGGUUCCCAUUCGCUGUUGUUACAGUGAAAGCUGAAGAUGAGGAAAUACCUCAGUUAUCAGAGCUUCAUCACAUUAAAACUGAAGACCAUAUAGAGCCAGAUGCGGCAGCCAGGAGCUCAGCUGCACAGAUGAAUUCGAAACUGCAUUCAGAUGGGGACCAGCAGCUGUUGGCGAUUAACAGAGCGGCUCCCAGUUUGCUCCAAGUCUCCAGUUCUGACCAGGUGAACUCAGAGCUCAUCAGGAUAAAGAAAGAGGAGGAAGAGCUGUGGAUUGUAGAUGAGGAAAAACCUAAUUUAUCAGGGCUUCAUCGAAUUAAACCUGAAGACAAAAGAGAGACAGAAGCUCCACCCAUCAGCUCAGCUGAACAGAUGGAAACAGAACCUGGUAGUGAGGACAGUGAAGGACCAGAACCGAACGAUACUGAUUUGAAAUUACUCACAAUAACUCAGACAGAAGGAGAACAUAGCUCCCAUCUUUGUGAUGGAUUUAAUGAGAAGGGUUCUCUUCAGACACAAGAGACACUUCAAACUCAAAAAAGAAUAUACGCCUGUGACAUUUGUGGAAAGAGAUUUCAAAGACGUGAAACUCUUAAGAACCACAUGAGGAUCCACCCCACAGAAAGACAGUUUAUCUGUAGCGUUUGCAGUAAAACGUUUUCAAGACAGGAUCAUCUGAAGAGUCAUAUGCGAGUUCACACGGGGGAGAAACCAUUCCUUUGCACUGUUUGCAGCAAAGGAUUUUCCCAACAAAUUCACCUCAAGAGUCACAUGCGAGUUCAUACGGGAGAAAAACCGUUUGUUUGUAGUUUUUGUGGGAAAGGGUUUUCCCGGCAGGAUCUUUUAAAGAGUCACAUACGCGUUCACACUGGGGAGAAACCGUUUGUCUGCAAUGUUUGCAGCAAAGGAUUCUCCCAACAAAACCACCUGAAAAACCACAUGGGUUUCCACACCGCGACAUUUAGCUGUAACGACUGCGGCAAACGCUUCGUAAAGGAGGACCAGUUGAAGCGACACGUGAGGCUUCAUACAGAGGGGAGGCCGUUCGGUUGCAAUGUUUGUAAAAGUAGGUUUUACAAAAGGUACCAUCUAGAAAAUCACAUGAGGAUCCAUUCAGGAGAGAAACCGUUUGUUUGUACUGUUUGCAGUAAAGCGUUUUCUCGAGAUGGGGAUCUUAAACGCCAUAUGGGUGCUCACUAGGGAGGGAACUAAGAAAUGUCUGGGGUUUUAAGAUUAGUCUCUAAUUGAACCCAUUUAGCUUCCUCAUAGGUUGAUACCUCUGGGCCUGAGGCGGUUUUCACUAUCAAAGUAUCCCAAAGUUUUUGAAAAUUGUUCUUUUAAGAUAUAACUUUAGAGAUUUUUUACUGAAUGCCUCAGAAAAUGGAGGUAGAGGAGUUAAUUCCUGGAUAUAGGAUUUUUGCUGCUCUCUUCCUCAAAUAUUAAGAAACACCAAGUAAUAUUGUGAGCUUUUUGAACCCUCAGUGUUUCUCUGUGAAGAUCGAAACAAAGCAGGGGAUCCUAUUCUGCAAAAUAUCUGAGUUAAUUUAAAAACGAAAUAAAAUAACAAUUUUUUCCAGCAGUAACACUUGACAGUUUUAUAACUGCAUCCAUUUUUCAUACAAUCUUUUCAAACAACCUGCUUUCUCUGUGUUUUUUUUUUGGUGUCAGUAACUCAAGAUAUCAUUAUAUUACUUAAAACAUAGUAUUUUGCUUUUCAUAUUAAAACGUAUUAGUUUAAAGACGGAUCAGUCAAUGAAGCAGCUUGCGCUACUUGGCAAUCCCUAAACACAUCUGUUAAAUUUAUCCUAAACCAAGACAGUUUGCCCUGCUGCUCUAGAGCUUUAAACACUGAUAUUUUGACAUCAACUGCCUCCAUUAUGAAUAGAUACUCUUGUUUUGGUGUAAACUUAGAUGAAAGUCAGAUGAUUCUAACCAUAACAUCAUAUUUCCUGUUAGUUCUCCACUGUGUAUUCAUUCAGAUAAAGUGCAGAAGUGGCUUCAGAUGUCAACACCUGCCUGGUCUUAUGUUUCAGGUAGACUCUGACCUGAUUGAACUCCAACGGAGCAGUGUUUAUUUAAUUUUUGUUAGGGACUUCCAUAAAGACAGACACAACCCAGCAAGAGCUCUGACUUUCGAGCUUUAUCUUCUCUGAAUGCAGGAAGUAAUUAGGUGCAAGGAUGG